AUGGCUACGACAGCUGGCGCAUUCAUCGCUGGCGGUAUUGCGGCUUGCGGCGCUGUGACAGCGACACAUCCGUUCGAGACAGUCAAGAUCAGAUUACAGCUACAAGGAGAACUGCAAGCCAAAGAAGUUGCAGUCAAGAACUACAAAGGGGUUUUCCAUGGUGUGGGAGUGAUCGUGAAGAAUGAAGGGUUCAAGGGAUUAUACCGAGGAAUCGGCUGCGCAUACAUCUACCAAAUCCUCCUGAACGGUUGUCGUUUAGGCUUCUACGAGCCGUUGAGAGCAGCUUGCACAAAGGUGGUCUUCAAAGAUUCGAAUGUCCAGUCAAUGGGCGUCAACAUCUUCUCCGGAGCCUCCUCUGGAAUCCUGGGGGCCAUGGCCGGCUCUCCCUUUUUCCUCGUUAAAACUCGGUUGCAGUCGUAUUCACCUUUCUUCCCAGUGGGAACUCAGCAUAAGUAUCGCAAUGCAUUCGACGGUUUGACACAGAUUUACAAGGCAGAGGGCAUCAAAGGUCUCUACCGUGGGAUGGGCGCCUCAAUGGUUAGAACCGGUGCUGGAAGUUCCGUCCAGCUGCCUACAUAUUUCUUCGCAAAGAGGAGGUUGAUGCGGCACGCAGGCAUGGAAGAUGGACCAGCGUUGCACCUCCUGAGUUCGACGGCAAGCGGUUUCGUUGUCUGUUGUGUGAUGCAUCCUCCGGAUACGGUCAUGGCCAGAUUGUAUAACCAGCACGGAAAUCUAUACAACGGCAUUUUUGAUUGUUUGUGGAAAACUAUUUCAACCGAGGGAGUACUCAGUGUCUACAAGGGAUUCUCCGCUCAUCUUACUCGAAUCUUACCUCACACCAUCCUGACGCUGUCUUUGGCAGAGCAGACGAACAAACUGGUACGGGGCAUUGAGUUAAGGUUUCUACCGAAGUCUCCGGAGGAAAAGUUAUAA